AGCGAAAAGUUUUAGGUUAUAUCCAUAUUCGUAAGGGCCCUAAUAAAGUCGGUAUAUUGGGGUUAAUUCAACCAUUUAGAGAUGCUAUUAAAUUGUUUACUAAAGAGCAAACUUUUCCUUUAAUAGUUUCUAGAUUAGGCGUUUAUACUGUAAUAUUAGCAGGUUGGGCUUCUAAUUCAAAUUAUGCUUUAUUGGGAAGUUUGCGAGCUGUAGCUCAGACAAUUUCAUAUGAAGUAAGUUUAGCUUUAAUUUUAUUAUCAUUUUUAUAUUUAAUUUUAAGACUUAAUAUAUUAGAUUUUAUAAAAUAUCAAUUUUUAUUUCAUUUUUUUGAAUUUGGGUUCGGGGGACUUUACCUCGAUUUCGUUAUGAUAAAUU